AGUAAGAAUUGUAUUUCUGUACAAUUAGAAUUUCAACUAGAAGAAAUCAAUACUUGAUAUCAACAAUUGAAUUUGAAUUGCAGCAUAUGGUUAUUGAAUUAGUGAAAAUACUAUUACAGAUAUAAAGAAUUAUAGUUUUUACUAGUUGCAAUGUAAUUGUUGAUAUCAAGAAUUUGUAUUUCUGCAAGUGAUGAUGUCUGAAAAAUUGGGCAGCAUCAUGACUAAUAAUGCUGACAGGAAAUGACAUUCGGCUUGCAUGAGCGUGUCUGUUCAGUGUGUCUUCACAGACAGUGUGACACCUGUUUAGUGUCACACUCACAGUUCAGAGCACUUCACCCCCUUUCUGCUGCACACUUAAUAAUGGCCAAACGUGACAUGUCUGAUCAUGUUUAUGACAACACCAACUGGAUGAAAAAGGAUUCAUUUGGAAUUAGGAAACCUGUCAAAGAGAAGCAAUGUAGAUCUGUCUGUGCCAAGGUUCUUGCUGUUCUCCUCAUCCUGUCUCUGCUGGUUAAUGGAGUGCUGGCAUACUUGUGUGUCACUAAAUACAACAAUGUGCUGUUGCAUUGCGAGCCAGGAACAAACUGCUCAAAUUCAGACCAUGAUCAAAGUAGUCCAGGCUGCACAUAUGAUGAGAACUGGAGGUCAAUAAACUACUGCCCAGAUUUGCCAGAGCAGUGGUAUAAGGGCAAUGGCAUAUUUUACGUUUUCUCCAAUCACAACAAGACCUGGAACUCCAGCAGAACGUAUUGUCAGGAUCUGGGUGGAGAUCUGGUCAUUAUCAACAACACAGAGGAGAAGGAAUUUCUUGCUCAGAGACUAUGUGUCGCUGGUGAAUCUGAUCUCUACUGGGCUGGGAACUGGCCAGACCUGAAUACCAAAGCCAACUGUGCUGUUCUUAAAGGAAAUACACAAGAACACAUUCAAUGCUCAAGAAAAGAGAAGAGCAUUUGUGAGAUCCCAUGCAUGUAGAUUACUUCUUUUUUAACAGUUGACUUUUUGUUUUAUUUCACUGUGCAUUCGUGUAAAUAUAAGAGGUUGCUAUAUUUUAUACAUUUCUUGUUUACUUGUUUUCAUAUUUCUGUACUAUGCCAUGUUUGAUAUGGGAAUCUUCCGAAAUAUCUUACUUUUUAUAGUUUUCCAUAUGUUUUUCAUAUUAUCAUAUUUUAAAAAUGUGUUAAGAACUAUGAAGUCCCAAUAAAUGCAGUGUGUGUAUAUAUAUAUAAAUAAAUAAAUAAAUAAAUAAAUAAAUAAAUAUAGAUGUAUCUUAUUAAUGAAUUUUGUAGAUAAAAGAUCUAGCAGAGGAAGUGCAUCUGGACACUUGACCAUGUAUGAAUGUCUUUGCAGCACGGUUUGUGAACAUUAAGGUUCAUUAAACAAUAUAUUAGCAUUAGUAAGUCAAGUGAAUAGAUUCUCUUUUUUAAUUUGUAAUUGUAAUUAACCACAUGUAAAGCCUAUCUCAUUACAGUAAGUCUUUUAUCAUGUUGUUACAUAUCUGUGCACAGUUAAUACACUAGUUCACAAUAAAUCAUUGCCAAAGGAUUUUGUAGCCAAUGCAAACUAUUAAGAAACAACAACUUAUGAAAAUAAAAGGCAUGUAAACUAUCACAAAAUGUUUGAAAAUAUACCCCACACCACUAAAAACCAGCUGACUGGAAAUUUUGCAGAUGCUGUUAUUUGGUCAGUGUGGUUAAACGAACCCCACAGAAACGUGUCUUUCUUCAUGAGUAUUUUGUUACAAGGCUUCAGUUCUCUCUUAUUACUGCGAUAAAACAAUCUCUCUUCAGAAAAAAGAUGGCUGAAAAUAUUUAUUUAAACUAUUUAUCAGACACCAAUCUGACAUCAGCGGAUAAAGAUGAGAGGCACUGUUGUGAACCAAUGCUGAGGAAAUUCUCUGUUCUCCUCUUCCUGUCUCUGUUAGUGAAUGCAGUGUUGGCAUACCUGUGCUUGCGUUUAGAUUCUCAACCAAUAAAGAAAAUACAUUCCAUGAUUAUUAAAAACCACAGUCUACCAAACUACUGCUCAGAUUUACAAGAGAAGUGGAUCAGAGCACAGGGCAGAUUCUAUGUUUUAUCCACUGAUGUCAUGGACUGGAACAGCAGCAGACAGCGCUGUCAGGAUCUGGGUGGAGACCUGGUGAUCAUCAACAAUGAAGACGAACAGGAAUUUCUGUCUAAAAGAGUAAAUGGUAUCAGUGACUAUCACUGGAUUGGCCUGACCGACAGCCAGACAGAGGGCAUGUGGCUUUGGGUGGACAACAACCCCUUAAACACCAGCCUCUUAUGGGAGUCUCCCCCAGAUGACUGGAAGAGUGAAAAUCCUUUGCAUGGUGAAGACUGUGUCAUCUUAAAGGGCGAAAGAUGGGGGGAUGUCUCUUGUUUGAGGAAAGAGAAGAGGAUCUGUGAGAUUCCAUGCUCAGUGACACAGAUCUAAAAUAAGCAGUUAGAUCACUUUUAUUGAUUGUAUUUAGAUUGUAUUGAUUUGUCCUUAAACUUUAAACCUGUUGUGAUUUCCGUCGAAUGAGUUGUAAUCAUGUAUCAUGCAUGUAUGUUAUAUUUGUAAACAAAGUCACAAAUGUACACCUUGUGUACUGUUUACAACAAGAUUGUUGCAUUCCAUUCUAUUUUAUAUUCGAUUUUUUUAUUAAUACUAUUCCAGACAUGUUUUCUUAAAAAGCCAAAAAUGAUUUAAAUAUUUCCCUGUCAUUUGCAUACAACAUCCCAGAAUAAAGAAUUCAUACAAUAAGCUUCCGACAAUAGCAAUCAGAAAUGCUGACAUACUCUGAGGAAGGCUGGAGGCCAAAGGUUUUUAUUUACUUAUAACAUUUUAAAGCUUCAGAUAAUAGCAAUCAGAAAUGCUAAUACUCUGAUUAGGGCUGGAGGCCAAAGGUUUUUGUUUAUUUAUAUACUUAUUUUUAUUUUAACAAUUUUAGUCCUUGAUGAGGUCAGAGGAGAAUGGGCAGACUGGUAAGAGAUGAUAGAAAGGCAACAGUAACUCAAAUAACCACACGUUACAACCAAGGUAUGCAGAAUACCAUCUGUUAACGCAUAACAUGUCGAACCCUGAAGAAGAUGGGCUACAGCAGCAGAAGACCACACUGGGAGCCGCUCCUGUCAGCUAAAAACAGGAAACAGAGGCUACAAUUCACACAGGCUCACCAAAAUGUGAUUUUUUUUUUUUUUUUUUUUUUUUUUUUUUUUUUUUAGAAUAUAGGUAUCUUGGGACACCUCCGCUACAAAUGCUAAUGGUGUAAGUCAAGUGGUAGAUUAAGGUGCAAAGUGUAUUUUUCUUAUGAAUGUUUAAAUUUAUUUUUUAAUAGUGAUUUUGAUAGAUAAACGUGUGAUCUUGUGGCAUUGUUCCUGCAUGUCCUUUUCAUUUAACUGAAAGCCUGCUAUAGAUGUGUGUGUUCAUCACUUUGGGUAUCUGAUUCGGGUCUCCGUCACACUGUAAAUUAGUCAUGAGAUUUAAUAGGCUUUCCUUGCUGUUCAUGUAGCAUGCUAUGUAUGCUGUGUUUGUAAAUGAAGCUAUAAAUAAAACAAGGUUUAUUUUGAAAUUAUUUAAACUUUCCUCAGAAAUGUGCAUACAAAGUAUUAGCAAAUAAGAACUGACAGGGUAAGUUUCAGAAAAUAGUGAAUGGCUAAUGUUGAAGGCAAGGACAAGUCCGAUUAGACGUUAUUUCACACAGAACGACAAAGUAGUUCAGUUUUAGUAGUUGUAAUAUUUAACGUCAAUAUUAUACAAUUUCAAACAUUUAUGUAAAAACAUUUUCUUGG